UCUUUAUGUCGGUUAAGCAUGUCCUUGUGUCUAUCCUAACCUCAAUUUACACAUGAAAUCCGCAAAUUCUAGUAGUUUUGCGUAAGAUACAUCUUUGUUACAUAAAAAUAUAGUAAUUACAAACAUUUCAAACGCUACAUGUUAUAAACAUGCAUAAUAUAUACACACAAUCUUGUUAAAACUAAAUUAAAGCUGGGUUGGUUUGACAGCGACAGGGCCGUGGUAAGGUAGGGUGGUAAAUGAAAGCGGUAUGUUUGCCAGGUUUAUUGUUAAAAGAUCGAAAACAUUUCUGAAAAAUCCUGGAUUAAUCUCAAAGCCUAAGUUCACAACCCGCUCACUCUGCAGUAAUUCGGAAGAAAAUAUUUCUGAAUCAGACAGAGAAUAUGAAGCGUUGGUGGAAAGUUUCUUCCGGUUAGACAAAGAACACAGCUGCUUGGUAAUUCAACCUUAUGUAAAAUGGGGACCACAAAAACUUUCAAUCAGCCCCGAUGAGCAGUUGGAAGAAGCUGUUGCUUUAAUCAAGACGUUACCAAGAUGGACCGUAGAAGAAACUACAAAAAUACCUCUAGAAUCUCUAGAUAAAAAGACUUUAUUCAAAACAGGCAAUUUAGACAAACUAACUAGACUAGUCCGAAGUAACCAAAAUAUCACGGCAGUGUUCGUUAACUCUAGUAAUUUAAAAAGGGUUACAGCAAAUAUUCUAUAUGAUCACUUCCAGGUGCCCAUAUUAGAUCGAUAUAAAAUAGUUAUGCGCAUUUUCAAAAUUCACGCAACUACUAAACACGCCAAAUUGCAAGUUUCUUUAGCCGAGCUGCAUUAUAUUAGAAGAAAGGCUCAACAAGAAAGCGUAUUUUUAACCCACGACCCAGAAAAGUUAAAGCUUAUGUUUGAUGAAAGAGAACAAAAAAUUAAAGCGGAAAUCCAGCAACUGAGAAAGCAGCGAAACUUGCUGAGGAGCAAGAGAAGGAAAAUGGACUAUCCAGUCGUUGCGGUUGUGGGUUACACAAACGCAGGGAAAACUUGUUUAAUAAAAUCAUUAACUGGCGAAGAAAGGCUCCAGCCUAAAGACCAACUAUUUGCAACCUUAGAUGUUACUGUACAUUCAGGUCUACUGCCUUCAGGCUUAGAAGUCUUGUACAUAGACACAGUUGGAUUUCUGUCAGAUCUACCAACUAACCUCAUCGAAUGCUUUGUAGCUACGUUAGAAGAUGCUGUGUUAGCAAUGACGUCGGCAUGACGGGGUAUUAGUUAAUGAAACACCAUUAAUACAUUGUCUUUCGUGUUGCAAGUCGUUGGAGGACCUAAUUUUGUUCGUGGAAGACAUUUCGAGCACCGCAUUUGAGUACAAACGAGAUCACGUCCUCAAAACCCUAAAAAAUUUGGACGAGCAAGUGGGUACAGGGAAUAUAUUGAACAAAAUUGUUAACGUAGCAAACAAAUGUGAUAUUGCCAAAAAUUUAGAUCAGUUCAAAGAUAUGUUGCUAAUUUCUGCUAAGAAAGGCAUAGGCUUGGAGGAACUGAGGAAUCUGUUGGAAAAUAGGAUUUUGGAAGUUACUGGUAGAAGAAAAAUAACUAUAAAAAUCGAAAAUGGGGGUGAAGAGAUGAGAUGGCUGCAUAAAAACUCUACCGUGCUUUCGGAGUUACCAGAUGUCGAAAAUUCUCAAUAUAUGAAUAUAGAUGUUAUCAUCACAGAAGCGAACUUGAGCAAAUUCAAACACUAUUUUGUGAAAUCUUGAAUAAAUGCGUUGAGCUUGUGAAAAAUUUUAUUUGAAUGACAACGAAUGACAAAC